AUGGAGAGGGCGAGCCCGGCGGCGGGCAAGCUGAACGCCGGCGGCCGCGGGGCGGGCGAUGGGCACGGCCCCGCCGGCGGUGCCCAGCCGCGGGCAGCGGCGGCGGGCAGCGCCGAGCCGGGUGAGCUCAUCGGACGGGCGCUGGAUUUCAAGAGCGAAGGGGCGCAGUGCUACAAGGACAAGAAAUUCCGGGAGGCCAUCGGCAAGUACCACCGCGCCCUGCUGGAGCUGAAGGCGCUGCUGCUGCUGCUGAGCCAGGAGCCGGCCGGGCAGCGCCCUCCCGCCGCCGCCGCCGCGGCGGGGCUGAGCGAGGAGCAGCGGCAGGCGGUGGAGGCCAUCGAGGUCGACUGCUACAACAGCCUGGCAGCCUGCCUGCUCCAGGCCGAGCUGGUGAAUUACGAGCGGGUCAAGGAGUACUGCCUCAAAGUGCUCCAGAAGGAAGGCGAGAACUUCAAGGCACUCUACCGAUCGGGAGUGGCAUUUUACCACCUGGGUGACUUCAACAAGGCCCUCUACUACCUGAAAGAGGCAAGAUCCCGCCAGCCGACAGAUACCAAUGUCAUACGAUACAUUCAGCUGACAGAGAUGAAGCUCAGUAGAUGUUCCCAGAGAGAGAAGGAAACCUUGUGA